UCCGCCUACGCCUCGGAUCCUGUCGAUCGUGACGUGAAUUAGGGCUGUAUCUCGUCUCCUCGUUCGUUCUCUGUGUUGUUGUCCUCGGUGACGCGACGGAGGUGUAGCCUGACGCGGUCUCUUACGUGUCGGACUAAAUAAAAGUGGAGCUCCGGAGGCCUGGGAGUGACGAGGCGAGUCUGUGUCGGGCAAUCUAAAUGACCAUGGAGGCAGGAGCAGAUGUCCAGCAGGGCGGCGACACUGCAGUCUCAGAGACAGACACUCAGCAGAUUGCCACCUUGGCGCAGGUUUCCAUGGCUGCAGCACAGGCGUCAGCCACUGCGCCCACUGUGACCUUAGUUCAGCUGCCCAAUGGGCAAACGGUGCAAGUUCACGGGGUCAUCCAGGCAGCCCAGCCCUCUGUCAUACAAUCCCCACAGGUGCAAACUGUACAAAUUUCUACCAUUGCUGAGAGUGAUGAUUCACAGGAGUCAGUGGACAGUGUGACAGAUUCUCAGAAAAGAAGAGAGAUCCUGUCUAGACGGCCCUCAUACAGAAAGAUCCUGAACGACCUUUCAUUCGAUGCUCAAGCAGUCCCGCGGAUAGAAGAAGAGAAGUCCGAGGAGGAUUCCACUCCAGCCAUAACAACUGUUACCGUGCCAACGCCUAUCUACCAGACGAGUAGCGGGCAGUACAUUGCUAUCACUCAGGGUGGGGCGAUCCAAUUAGCCAAUAAUGGAACAGAUGGAGUUCAAGGGCUACAAACCCUGACCAUGACAAACGCGGCAGGCGCUCAGCCCGGAACCACCAUCCUGCAGUAUGCACAGACCAGCGACGGCCAGCAGAUACUGGUGCCCAGCAACCAAGUGGUUGUACAAGCGGCCUCAGGAGAUGUUCAGGCAUAUCAGAUCCGCACCGCAGCUAGCACCAUUGCUCCAGGGGUGGUCAUGGCCUCCUCUCCGGCAAUGCCCGGCCAGGGAGGAACUGAGGAGGUCACACGCAAGCGGGAGGUUCGGCUUAUGAAGAACAGGGAGGCAGCACGGGAGUGCCGCAGGAAAAAGAAAGAGUAUGUUAAAUGUCUGGAAAACAGAGUGGCUGUGCUGGAGAAUCAGAACAAAACGCUCAUCGAGGAGCUCAAAGCUCUAAAGGACCUUUACUGUCACAAAUCUGAAUAAUGGUCCUCACACAUACAUCCUGAACGGAUCUCUUCUGGUGCCUCAAGAGACAGAGACUCUGAACGUAACACAGGCACCUGCAAAGCAUCUCUGUCUCUUUUCAUUUCUAUUUCUUUUUCUUUUUUUAAAUAUUAUCUUCUGUAAAAAAAAAAAAAAAAAAAAUAUCCAGUUAUCAGGAAUACAUUGUAAGUUUGUAAGUGUAAACUUUUUUUAUUUACUUUUUUCUCUUCAGAAGAAAGAAAAAAAUGAAAUGCAGGGUACAGUUUCGUUAUCAAACAUGUUGCCCUACUUGAGGAGCGUUGCGAACCAUAAAGAGCACCUUUGAGUUGCAACCGUGACAGGGAAUGAAUGUUUGUGUGGGUUUAUCAUGGAAACAGCCCAGGGUGCUGCUUCUGAGACCUGCUCCUGUCACUCUGAGGUUCCCUUUUGAAAGACUUUCCCACACUGCAGCAGUCCUUGAUGAUGCUGCCUGUGAGCAUGAUUAAACGGAUGGAGUUUCUCA